CCCAAUAUGGCAGCGGCGGUAGCAGUGGCAACGGCAGCAGGACCGGCCACCCCGUAGAGCCCCCUCCCCCCGCCACUGCGCGCCUCCGCGGCCGCUUCCUCGCCGAGUCGCUUCUCCGGUCCGACUUCCCCUUUCUCCCACCUUUCCCGGCACCGCGGGAAAAGCAGCGCAGGGCGCAGCAGGCGAGGGGACGCAGCCGGAGCCGGGGCACGGAAGCCUCCCAGUCAGUUCAAGAACCGACAUGAGGGAAAAGGGCCGUAGGAAGAAGGGCAGGACCUGGGCGGAGGCCGCCAAGACGGUCUUAGAAAAAUACCCUAAUACGCCCAUGAGUCAUAAAGAAAUUCUUCAGGUUAUCCAGAGAGAAGGACUGAAAGAAAUCAGUAGUGGGACUUCCCCUCUUGCAUGCUUGAAUGCGAUGCUGCACACAAACUCCCGAGGAGAAGAAGGCAUCUUCUAUAAAGUUCCAGGUAGAAUGGGAGUGUAUACUUUGAAGAAAGAUGUGCCAGAUGGAAUGAAAGAGCUGUCAGAAGGUUCAGAAGAAAGCAGUGAUGGUCAGUCAGAUUCUCAGAGCUCUGAGAACAGCAGCAGCAGUGAUGGUGGCAGCAACAAAGAAGGGAGAAAGAGCAGGUGGAAAAGGAAAGUAUCGUCUAGACUGUCACAUCCAUCCUCUCCCCAGUCAGGCUGCCCAUCACCCACCAUUCCAGCAAGUAAAGUCAUUUCUCCAUCACAGAAGCACAGCAAAAAGGCACUAAAGCAGGCCCUGAAGCAGCAACAACAGAAGAAGCAGCAGCAGCAGCAAUGCAGACCAAGCAUGUCUAUCUCCAAUCAACACCUCUCUCUCAAGACUGUCAAAGCAGCCAGUGACUCUGUACCUGCCAAACCUGCCCUAUGGGAAGGAAAGCAAUCUGAUGGACAGUCAAGCAGUCCCCAGAACUCAAAUUCCAGCUUUUCUUCCUCAGUGACAGUGGAAAGUUCUCUGCUAGGCUUGGGGAAGAAGUCUUUCCAGAGGCCUGACAGACUCCACACAAAUAAAAAGAUAGAAGGGAUUAUAAUUAAAAAUUGUAAACUGAACUCCCUUGGAAAUCCCACUAAAAAGAGAAUACGGACAAACAAAAUUUAAUCAGUUUGAUUGAAGAAAACAAGGAGACAGCCAAAUGGGCAGGUGUCAGCAAAGGUUGAAAGAUGAAAAAUGGAUGAAGCUGAAAAGGAAUUGUCAUAAAUAAGCCAACUAUGGCUACAGACCACGAAAAGGGCUCAAGAACUGGAAAAAUGGAUGACAGAAAAGAAAGGUGAGGCAUAGGGUUGAAAAAGAAUUAAAAAUGAAUGAAAGCAUUUUGAUGCUUUACUCUAAGUAGAAGACAGUUUAUUAUUUGUUGAAGUUGAAUGCAAUACCUUCAGAUUUAGUAAUAUAUUGAGCUACAGACCAGUGAUGUGACAUUGUGUAGUUUGUUCAUUGCUGUAACAAAACACACAAGCAACUUGAGGAUGUUGAGAAGUUUAUUUUGGUUCACAAACUGGAGGUGACAAGGAGUGCAGCAGUGACACCAGUUCCUGUGACAGUAGGAGUAGGCUGGUCAUGUCACUUACUUGUGGUAGAGCAGUAUCAGACAAUACCUCAUAGGUCUGUUCCAGUCAUUCUCCUCUGCCUGCCAUGCCAUCUCCCCAAGCAAUGCCAGUAGCUGGGAUCAAGGUGGCAGGAGCUUGUCAUCAGCUUUUCAUGUUCAUAUCUUCAUAGGCACUAUUCUGAAACUUAGGGAAUUAGUUCAAUACAAAUACCUAAAUGCUAUUCUCCUUAGCUUCCAGAAUCCUUAGUAGAGGGUAUUUUAACUACCACUAGCAGAUCAGUUAAUUAGUAAAGAAGAGGAAAGCUCG